CGUGGUGCUGAGGCUUUUGCAAACCAAAAAUGUCUGCCUAAGGGAAACUCGUAACUGAUAUAUAUAGAGGAUAUUUUCACAGGUAUUGCUGCUCAAGCCCACGUUUUCCUAUUUCGAGGCGUACCGCAAGAAAGUGAGCUUCCACCAGAUCACCCUAGUCGGGAUUUGAAUCGGAAAAAGGUUUCUAGAUCGCCAGGAUGAACCCUCAGCAGCGGAUUGCCGCGCUUGGAACAGACAAGGAAUUAAGUGACCUGCUGGAUUUUAGUGCGAUGUUUUCUCCGCCUGUCGGUGGAGGGAAGAACAGGCCCACUACACUUGGAAGCAGUCAGUUUAGUACUUCAGGUAUGGAGGAGCGGACCAACCAAGCGUCUUGGGCCCCAGGUGGCGAGUCCAGUCCCUCCUAUGAGUCCUCCCGGGGUUUUGCAGACAGCCCUCAUUACGGCGAUCAUCUGAGUGACAGUCGAUUAGUGUCCCAUGAAGGAUUGUCCCCAACACCUUUUAUGAACUCCAACAUAAUGGCUAAAUCAGAGAGGGCUUCAUUUCUUGGCUUUGGGAGGGAUCCUGGAGCGCCUAGCUGCCAGCCCCCUGUGAGGCCAGACGUUCCGUUGGCCAGUCCAAGUCCAGCGACUCCAUCGGGGAAGUCAGCUACGCCGUUAUACUCUUUCUCUGCAGCCAAUCCUAGAAGACGCCCUCUACAAGAUGCUCUGCCCGUCGAUCCUCUACAAGCAAAAAAGGUUCGCAAGGUCCCUCCUGGCCUGCCUUCAUCUGUGUACGCACCAUCUCCGAACACAGAAGACUUCAACAGAGAUUCCCCCUCGUACUCCUCUCCUAAACCCUCCAGCAGUAUGUUUGCAAGCACUUUCUUUGAUGGUACCCACAGUUCAUCUGACCCCUGGAACUCGUCCAGUGGGAUCAGCCAGCCCGGCUAUGGGGGAAUGCUCGCAGGAUCUUCAUCUCACAUGUCACAGUCAGGAAACUACACCAGCCUGCACGCACACGACCGUUUGAAUUACCCCGCACAUUCAGUCUCUCCAGAUAUCAAUGCCAGUCUUCCUCCCAUGUCCAGCUUCCACCGGAGCAAUACCAACACUUCACCAUUCGUCACCGCAGCGCACACUUCAUCUGCCAACGCAGCCGAUGGGGUCAUGGCUGCUGCAAAUCGAGGGAACACAACUGGAAGCUCACAGACUGGAGACGCACUGGGCAAGGCUUUAGCCUCGAUUUACUCGCCUGACCACACUAGCAGUAGUUUUCCAUCCAACCCGUCGACACCUGUGGGGUCUCCUUCACCUCUGACCGCCACUGCAGGGGCUGCCUCAGCGGGAGCCGUGGUGGCUGCGUCUAGUACCCCGUCUGGAAGGCCAGGUACCAACCAGUGGCCCCGCAACAGUGGACAGAGCCCCUCCUCUCCAACUUAUGAGAACUCGCUUCACUCACUGUCUCGAAUGGAGGAUCGUCUGGACAGACUGGAUGAUGCAAUCCUUGUUCUGAGGAACCAUGCCGUGGGCUCCACCGCCAGUCUGCCCAGCGACUUACACAGUCUGCUGGGUCAGGCGCAAAAUGGGCCAAUCGCAGCCAUUGGAGCAAACUUCCCUGCCUCUGCAUUGGUUCCAAGUCGGACAGCAGCGAUGCAGGGUGGCGCCCAUGCUGACGAUGCUGUCAGCCUGAACAACAGCCACGGAGGUCUGCCCAGCGCCGGCUCCACAUCCAGCACAGAACUCAGCCGCCAAGUGGAAAUAUUCAGAGGUCUCACUUCAGCCCUGGCUGGCCAUGUGCCUACCACCCUGGAGCUGAAGCUGGAGAAGCAGGACAAGGAUGAUAUGCAGGAUGACCUCUCUGGGGAUGAGAAGUCUGAUGAUGACAGUGACAGAAGAGAUAUGAGGACACCCAGAGCAGGCACACGCACAAGUAUAACUGAAGAUGAGGAUCUGAAUCCAGAGCAGAAAGCUGAGCGUGAGCGCGAGAGGAGGAUGGCUAACAACGCCCGUGAACGCUUAAGGGUGCGAGACAUCAAUGAGGCCUUUAAGGAGCUGGGUCGGAUGUGCCAGUUGCACCUGAAGAGCGAGAAGCCCCAGACCAAACUACUCAUCCUCCACCAGGCUGUGGCCGUCAUACUUAACUUGGAGCAGCAAGUCAGAGAGCGGAAUCUGAACCCCAAAGCAGCCUGCCUUAAGAGGAGGGAGGAGGAGAAAGCGUCUGGGGGUUCUGGUGACACUCACCAAGCUCACACAGGGGUCCACCCAGGCCUGACUGACACAUCCAACCCCAUGGGCCACCUCUGAGUAGCAGACAGAUCAAAGAGAUCCAGAUCAUUUCUGUCCCGUUUGAGUCGGCGUUCUUGCUUCCCAGUGACAAACUUGACUCUCAAUUUACAACACCAAUUGGAGGAAACAGACCACUUGAGGGAAAUACUACGAUACUCAAUCAACCCAACCCUACUGUUGAAGAAGAAGAAACCCAGCGUCCAGCUCCCUGUGACCAGUUUCCAUCUGCAAAUUUCUCCUCACUAAGAAACCCCUUCAGCACAUAUCACUGUCUGCAAGAGAGGUGUUGCUUCUGAACAAUCAGAGACUUCGCAAUCUCCUCCAACCGUACGUGGAAAUUGCCUUGUGCCUAAACUGAAUUGACGAAUGCAUUGUAACAGCAAUUGUUUUUUUGUUUGUCUGUUUCUUUUUUUUUCUAUUUAUUAUGUUAUUGAGCUAAGUGUAUGUCUAAAGGGAAAGUUAAGCAAAUUCAAAGAGAAGUAUGCAGCUUUUCAGUUUAUCUAUUGUUUGCAAGUGUCACUGUUUAAAACUGAGCACUCCACCCCGAUAAGUCUUUGGCGAGUCUGGAGAUGAGGGGGAAAUAUUUGGGCACUGAGAAGAUUAAUUUAUUGGCCAGCUGAGAGUGAUAUUUAUACCCGACAGAAAUGACCAUUAGCUGUUAGGAGAGAAGACGUAAAAGCGCCCCAUGUUUUAAAAAAAGAUGACAUAUUAUUAUAUUUAUAUUUAGCAAUUUUGCCACUGGCCACUUGCAAAACCAAAACUACCUAUGUUUGUUUCUGUGUAGGUUAGAUCAGUUGUCUGUGCUACUGACAAGCCAACCAUGUUAGUAUCAAAGAUAUAGUCUGCAAAGGUGACCAGCAAACUCUAGGUUUACUGAAAGCUCAGAUUUAGUUAUUUUCCUCCUUGUUAGUGAGCAGUGAAAACACAGAGAGCAAACCUUAGCAUUCCCUGCAUAUUUAGUGUCUUAACUAAAGGAAGAAGGGAAAGUUGUUGCCCUCCUUUGCCAUAUAGUGUUAAACGUAAGCAGUGACUUUUUUAUUUUAUUUGGCAGAUUCUUGUCUUUGAUUAGCAUCCUGACAGUUACUCGCUCCGCUUAAUGCAGCACAGAAGUGGCUUGCUUUUUUUGUUUUUGUAUCUUUCCUGCCACCAGCUAAUCAGAGACUGCUUGAUGAAGUUGUAGUAAAAUAAACAAACGACGACCACACUUUCUCCUGGCCUGAUGAACACAUAACUUAAUUUUCUUUCUGUUCAUAUCUGAAGACAUUUAAUGUCAGACGCAGUUAUUCUUGAGUUGUGCUUAUUUGUAUUGAGUCAUUUCUUUACGCACUGUCAGCAUCAUAACGCCCAGUUUCAGUCGGAGAAAAUGUUCUAAGUUAUUUUUCAGUGAUAUUCAAAUCAAGCCUUGAUACACGCAGUUAAAAAACAGACUAGAUAUUUCUCAGACUUUGUUGGAUGCCAUAGAACUGUAGCACAAUAAUGAACAAAACUAGGUAAGAGGAUUUUCUUUGAUGCUUCGUAAUCAUGGCUUUAUUUUGUUCUCCCUAUCAGUGUGCAUGCUUUACGUUCUCCUAUUAAGUCUUUGGUCUUAAGACUUGCUUUAUAUUCCAUUAAUUUCUGUGUAUAUUGUUGUCUAUCAUAAUCUACACCUCAAACAAGGCUGUCACAUUCAGAAGGACUCUCCUCUUCAAUAAAGGGACUUAAAUUAGCAUAAAUAUGCCACACUAAGAGUUUACAUCAAACAUGUAUAUCAUUUGACCACUAAAGCCCUUAAUGGUUUUUAUGUAUGCUCUGUCUGAAUGUGGCCUUGUUCUCCAUUUCAGUAUUUAUGGGCUUGUAUUCCUCUCAGCAGACUUUGAUUGAGGAUAUUUUACGCCACUUCCUGCUCUUUCCUUCCUUUUUUAAAUUUCCUGUUCUUCCUACAAUUCUUUGCUCCUCUGUUUGCCAAGUUAGACUUCGCUAUAUUCCCAGAUGCUUUCCCUUGUAUAAUAUAUGAAGAAAAACAAAAAUCAAAAGGAAAAAAAACAUUUGGCUUAUUUUUCACUGUAGUUAGUCUUUUAUACGAUAAUACUGUAAGAAUAUUUCUUGAAUUCUAAAUAUUACUCUUUCUAGAUUUUGGAAGCAAAAGUUUUGAGUAAAAAGUUUCUUACUUUAUUUUACUAUAUUAGAUAGUAAAACGUACGGUUAUUUACAGUAACCUGUCCAUUAUUACAGGAAAUUUAAUAAAAGCAUCUGAAGGACAUGGCUGAAAUGUCGCUCGUGGUUUAGUUCUUCAAAAGGCUUCACUCGAGCUCCAGAUUCCUAAAAGUGAGACCUCCAUCUUAUUCUUCGUCUCGUUGUUGAUUGGUGAAACAUUUGCUCUUGGGUCAAAUACAGAAGUAAUGUCGAUGCAUACAUCACAAAACUGCAACAACGGGAAUUUGAAUUUUCUGUCUUUUUCAGCAAAAACAAUGUAUAUAACAUUUAUGUUGCAAUAAAUGUGCCAUCUUUUUUUAAACUCGACUGUAUGUGCAUUUAUUCUCUCACUGAGCUCACAUGUUUGUUUCUUUCUCAUCUCUAUGUUCACAUUCUCUCCUCUCCAUGACUUUUUAUUUUGUUAAAAUGGCACAGGAAGGAUGAGGUAGGAUGAGCUCAGACACAUAUGUGGGGUUAAAGACUUCUUUAAUGUCUUGUUUUUGUUUUUUUAAGACAUUUCUAGUGGAUUUAGGCCAAAUGAGUGUUUUAUAGUGUGUAACUCAGUUUUGAAAAUACUACCAGUGGACCAUUUUAGUCUGUAUGGAAAGUGCUAUGAAUAUAUGUUUCUAUUUUUAAUAAAGUGUGAUAGCAGCGUACUGUA